CCCUGUCCGGACAGCGCGUGCGCGGAGGAGCCGAAGCGGCGCCGGAGCCGAACUUGAACCCGGUGGCGUUUAAACUGCGGUGGUAGCGGCCGGGUGCCAUGCUGUCCCCCGAGGCGGAGCGAGUGCUUCGGUACCUGGUGGAGGUGGAGGAGCUCGCGGAGGAGGUGCUGGCGGACAAGCGGCAGAUUGUGGACCUGGACACCAAAAGGAAUCAGAACCGAGAGGGCCUGCGGGCCCUGCAGAAGGAGCUCAGCAGCUCUGAGGAUGUGAUGGUUUGCUUUGGGAGCAUGUUUAUCAAGAUGCCGCACCCUCAGACCAAGGAGAUGAUUGAGAAAGAUCAGGACCAUCUGGAUAAAGAAAUAGACAAACUGCGGAAACAACUUAAAGUGAAGGUCAACCGCCUCUUUGAGGCCCAAGGCAAACCGGAGCUGAAGGGCUUUAACCUGAACCCCCUCAACCCGGCUGAGCUUAAAGCUCUCAAGGUCAUCUUGAAAGGAUGAAGCUCAGGUACCACCGUGGGGGAACUAAGACCGGCGUCCCCCGAGUCACGCAGGAGCCAGGACUCCCUAACCUUGCAAGCUACAAGGACAGCCGUGCACUGGCAGCAGCAGGCAGCCCUCUGGGGCACCAUGCGAAGGCUUCAUAGUGCUGGGCUACUUGGUGAUGGCAGGAGGGCGCCUCAGCCCACCUGUGUCUGCUGGGCCUGACGUCCAUGGCUCAGAGGACACAGGACCUAUUGAUGGGCCCUGGCGGCUGCAGUGGGUGUGUGUGGGUGAGUGACUGCAACAGGCACUUCCCAACAAUGGCCUGCUGUUCACAUGGCGCCGGGCAGGAGAGGCAAAGCUGGAGCCUUGGUCCAGCCCUCGUCUCAGGGAAGACGUUUUCCAGGCAGGCAACAUCCGUGGUGGAACUGGAAUAGAGCAGGUGGCUUCUGGACAUUCAGUGCUUUGUGCAGCUUGGGGGCAUGCGCACACAUGUCCCCUGCUGGCCCCAGGGCGUGGGUGCUGCUUAGACCCCUGGGGGGGCGGGGCGCCCCUUCAUCACCACUUAGAGGCCUGGCUGCCUUCAGCAUCUGGGCUCCUCAUGGGCAAGAGUGUCCUGCUUGUGGAGGGCUCAAUAAAUGGUAGUGA